CAAAAUAAUGAAAAUUUAUCUGUAAAGAAGGUUAUGGUUAUAGAUAAAAAUAAUUUCAAUAAUAAUUAAAUAUUGUCUAUAAUAUAGAUAUAUGAAAAUCUACUGUAACAUAUUAUUUUGGUUUAGUGUACUGUGUGUUAUUUGGUUUUUAAAUGCUCAAAGAUGGAUUUACAAGAAGAUGUUUAUCGACUAAAAGAGAUGCUUCCAAAUGUUGAUCAGAAAACUAUUGUUUCUAGUUUAUCAAAAAAUAAUAAUCACGCAUUAGAGACCCUACGUGAUUUUAUGCUAAGAGAUAUAAGUGAUAUGGGUGCUGUCCAACAAGGGGAUAAAUCUAAUGCUGAUUAUAUGUGUGUUAGGCAUUUCUUACCGAAUAUUUCAGAAGCCCGUAUAAAAGAAGUUUUGGAUGUCGUCGGAAAUAUACCCAAUCGCGUGUACAUAGCUGUGAAAAUUAUUGUUUUUCUCCUUGAUGGUAAAGAAAAUCAAAGUCAAGAAGGAGUUGGAAAUAUGGCGGUGAAACUGGACCUAGCUGAAACUGCAACACGCGGAUUGGAUUUGGAUGAAACAAAUAAUUUGACACAGAUAAACACAGGACUCAAACAUGGGCUUAAAAGGAACACAGAUAUUAAUAGUAAUACUAGUCAGACAAUGGAUCCUUCUACUUCAACCCACCAAGAACCUUUACCCACCAAAAAACUAAAACUUCGAGAUAUUGCCUUUGAUCGUACGGACGCCAGUGAUAUUAUUUCGCGCGGUCAUAUUAUAGAAGACAUUACCAAUAAUGUGCCUAAAAAUUUAAUAGUAGAUCAACCUGAAGCCAAAGUUUUGCCAAAUCCUUCGGAUCCCUUUGACUUUCUCGAGUUUAACCGGGACGAAAUUAUUUUACCCCUCAAUAAUGCAAAAGAAAAUCCGGAAUCUGUGGACUUAGAUGACAUACUUAAAGACUUGAAUACUUCCUCCCCUGAACCGGUAAUGCAGUUUACACCACCAAACAGCACUGAACCUUCAACAAUAACAGAGACUACAACUUCUGUCCGACCGAUAGUGGCCCCUCCAAAACUUGUUAUUGCAGAUACAUCUAAUAAAUCUAGACGUCAAGUAAUUAAAACUCUCAAUCCUAUACAGUCAACCUCUACAUGGGUAGUUCCGCCGAUGCCAUCAACUUCUUCUUCUUCCCAAGUUUCUGCGCUUAAUAUAAUGUCUUUUCAACCGCAUGUAGAUAAGCAGCUGACGAACAAAGUAAAGGAAAUGUUUCCGCUAGCCUUACCGGAAUAUAUAAGUCAGGUGUGUGCCGGUCGAACACUCAACGCUCAAACCUUUAACGAAGUUGUGGAUAUCAUUUUGAGUACUGAUUAUCCGACUAGACCAAAGAAAGAACCAAGUCCUGAUAGGGAAUGUGAUCCUGAGGAGCAGUUAGCUAUGCUACAAAGCUUAUUACCAGAUGCGGAUCCGAACUAUUUAAGAUUGCAAAUAGAUCAGAUUGGGAUGGAUCAAGAGAGGUUAGGUACGUUCGUAGACCAAGCAAUAGUAAAAAAAGAUUAUCCUACUAAGAAAGAAGCCGAAAUAAAGCAACAAUUGUCUGCUCAGCAGAGCCAAUAUACCACUGAUUUCAACGUAGAUAGAUUUCUAGAAAUUUUUCCUGAUCCAAAAUCAGUUUUUGAGGAUGCGGACCGUAAACCAACUGCCAAUAAGGGAUCAACUGUGGAUAAGGCUUAUAUUGUCUACGUCGUUCGUAUAAUUUUUAACGACUUAUAUGCUACAGAUCUUCAUAAGCAAUUAGCUAAAGUUAACCUCAGCAGCUGCAAUAUGUACAACUUAAUGAAAACUAUCGAGGCUUUUCGAACUACUGCUUUGAGGAAAGUGAUAAAAAAAUCUACUGUGGACUCCCGCUAUCGUCCGCUGUGUCCGAAUAUACCUCUACUACAAGAGUGUGCCUAUUUCGAACAUAAAACUGAAAUCUUAAAACGUCUAGAAGCAAAACGACAGCAAUUGGAGCAGAGUAGAGCCAACGCCAAAGAACUUGGUUUGUUGGAAACUUGUGGAUGCUGUUAUGAUGAUGAAGUGAUGCCUCAAGAUAUUUUAACUUGUCCAUCAGGCUGUAGAUUCUGUAGAGACUGUAUUCGGAGAAGUGCGGAGGUCGCUUUUGGUGACGGAAAGCUGGAUAUUAUAUGUUUUACACCCAAUUGCGAUCAAGAGUUUAGUUUGCAGGUGUUACAAAAUGUUCUUACUCCGAAACUAUUUUCCAAACUGGCUCAAAAGAAAGCACUGGCCGAAGUUAAAGCAGCCGGUAUUGAAGAUUUAGAGACCUGUCCAUUUUGCGACUUUGCAAAUAUUCCUACUCCGGAGGAUAAAAUAUUUAGAUGUUUAAACCCUGACUGUAUGAAGGAAUCGUGUAGAGCAUGCAAAGAGCCGUCUCACUUACCGCUGAGUUGUAAUGAAGUGGAAAAGGAUGAAGACGUCAAAAAUAGAAUAUAUAUUGAAAACAAGAUGACUGAGGCUCUAAUAAGACAGUGUUAUAAAUGCAGCGCCAAAUUUAUAAAGGAGGAGGGUUGCAACAAAAUGACGUGCUCUUGCGGAGCAAUUAUGUGUUAUAUUUGUAGACAACCGGUACUUAAUGGGUACAAACAUUUUAAUGGUCAAGGCGGUGACAGGUAUGACUUAUGCCCGCUUUAUACAGAUAAUUUUACCGUAAAUGAGAAAAAUGUCCUUCAAGCAGCAGAAAUGGCCAAAAAAGAGAUUGAUCCGAAGAAACUAAAACAUGAUCCUACUGCUGACCUGGAGACACAUUUUAAAGAAAAAAUUCAAGAACACCAAAAAAGCGAAACUCACAGACAUGCAAAUAUACCGGGGCAACAUGGUAGACAUCAUGGUGCAAUGCCUAAUUUAGUUUUUCAUGCUCAUUUGGCACGGCAACGCCAACAUCCGCCUCAUCAUCGCCGAGGAGCUCGUCAUCACCAUUUUCUUGAAAAUCCUGAAGUUCAAAACGCUUUAAUCGAAAUUAGGCGCAGAGCAAAUCAACAACGACAAUUGCUAAAUGAUGUCCAAAGAGAACACGAAUAUGAUUUGUAGCAUUAUAUCAUAGAUUUUUCAUUUAUGUUAAAAAAACAUUGGAAAGACCUUUGAGACUUAAUAGAUAAUUAUUUUUGUUGUGAUACAAAAACAAUUAUUUAUUAUUGUUCUUGUACCAACAAUAACAAUAAUAAAUAAGAUUAAUAGUAUAACAUUGAGUAAGGCUUUAUAUAAUCUAAUAAAGGAAGAACAAAUCUUUUAAUGUGCUGUGAGGGAAUGAAUGUAUCUUUCUUGAUAUUCAAGUUAUAACCGGCUUGGUCUGACCAGUUAUGUCUUUUAAUAAAUAGUACAGCAAAUAAAAUUAUAAAUGUCAAAAAUAUCAGUGCAUACAAAAAGAGAUAUAAAUUAAACAUAGCUUUUGUUUUUUUUUUUAUUUUUUUUAUUGAUAAAUUAAUGUUAUUGUAGGUUUCCUGUAGUUUUUCAGUUACAAAAAAAAGUAAUACAACAAAACUAAAGUAAGGUUAAUUAAGUCUCAAGGUACUUAGAAAAGUUUUAACUGUUUAUGAACGCCAUUACAGCUUUGUUAAAUUAAUAUUGUUUUUGUACGAUUUAUUUUGAUGUGAUGUAAUUUUAAAAUAAUUAAUGAUUACCUCACUAAUUUGUUAUUUAAUUACUUUCAAGUUUGUUCGCUAAGAACCUAUGUUCACUAAAACAUGGAGCGCAACUACAAUUGGAAAACUUCCUAGUUUUUUGUUUGUUUAUGUUUUAUUCUCCUAGGCUAGGUACUUGUUGUAUUUAAGAAUAAUGUAUAUUUCCUUAUAUUUUAUAAACUAAAUUUUUUUAGAUA